GUGGCAGAGAGCCCAACGGUGUUGGAUGACGAUCUCGACGCCCCGCAAGGCAGCGAAGUGCUGGCAUCCCCUUCCGAUGGCCCUCCUGCAAUGCCGUGGAGUCCGCCUGCACCAGCCUCUGCAUCACCUUCCCCACCGGCCGAGCCAACAGCUGAAGCAUCCACUGCCAGGCAAGCUGGACGGCGUCCACGUCACUAUGCGUCGGCAUAUGCGCUGCACAAGGCCUUCAUGCUUAUCGCCUGCAUCGCCAUGGUGCUGCGUGUGUCCUACAUCGUGGCGCGCGUGGUGCUUGUGGUAG